AUGGCAGAAGCUACGCCGCCCCAAGACUUCACGGAUUGGCUUGCCAGCCUGAAUCUUCUGCCGUACCUGGACCAGGCCAGGGAGUGGUGGAUCGAGAAUGGAGCCAUCGACCUGUCCGAAGUCUUGGAGAACUGGCAGGACUUUGCGGACGAUUUGGGCCUGAAGCCACUGGAAAGGAAGCGAAUUGAGAAGCAUGUGGGAAAUGCCCUACGCCCAAUGCAAACUCGCGGCAAGCUCAGCAAGCUCUCCCAAGAGAUCAUGGACUGGAUGCAAGAGCUGCACUUGGCACACCACUCCGAAGCCUUGCUGGAGUGGUCUGAAGAGAACGGAGCAUCAUCCAUGGACGAAAUUCGGGCGAACUGGCGCAGCUUCGUGGAGAAGAUGGAUUUAAAGCCGCUGGAGCGAACUCGUCUUGAGAAGGAUUUGCGCACGAGGACAGGCAAGGCCACGCAGCCGCAAACGACGGCGGGCUCAUCGAUUCCGGCGCUGCAAGUUGCGAAGUCCUCUGUGCAAGACUUUCAACCUGCGAUGCCGACCAGGCCAUCAGAGAAAUGCUUCGGACCUCCAGAGAACCCGCUCUUGUACACCUUGUUGGAGGAGAUUGGUUUUGGAGUCACCUCGAAGGUGUACAAGUGCAAGCGUGGACAGGAGAUCUUUGCGGUAAAGGCCAUAAGCCUGAAGAAACUACGUCAUCAACCGGGCUUCUCGCGGGUGUCCGACAGGCUGCAUCAGGAGAUUGAAAUUCUCCUAUCGUUGAAGCACGAGCGUGUCGUGAAGCUGGUGGACGUUGUUGAAGAGUUCGACUACCUGUAUCUGAUUAUGGAGCUGGUCUCUGGCGGCGAACUGGGCGAGUGGAUUGUUAAGAAGGGCUCUUUCCCUGAAAACAUGGCUCGCCACGUCUUCGUGCAACUUGUGGAAGGGCUUUCCUACAUCCAUUCGAAAGGCAUCAUCCAUCGCGACCUGAAGCCAGACAACGUCUUGGUCGAUGAAGGCGCAUCGAAGCUGGAACACUUGGAGGUGAAGCUAUCCGACUUCGGCCAUUCCCGUCUUAUCAACGACGGUUUCAACACCAGGCACACGGCGCGUGUGGGCACGGCCAUGUACUGGGCCCCCGAGGUCUGUGAUCCGGAGAAGGCUGCACUUGGCUACGAUCAGUCCGUGGAUCUGUGGAGUUUGGGGGUCGUGUUGUAUGUCAUGCUCAUCGGCUUCUUCCCUUUCGACAGCGGCGACCAUCGUGGCAGUCGCAUGCAAGAAAGCUUGGACAAUAUGACCUUUCAGAGGCGGACCUCGGGACCAGAGUUGUCCUCGGCAGCACAGGACCUGAUCCGAUCGCUCCUGGUGGUGAACCCGCAGCAGCGCUUGUCUUUGAAGUGCUGCUUGAGCCAUGUGUGGACAACCUCGGGGGCCAAGCUGGAUAGCAUGCUUGGCUUCAUGAAGCUGGAGACCGACCCACGGAAUCCAACGGCCGUAGAGGUGCAUGUCCCUCUACCGGUGAAGCCUAACCCCGAGGAACUCCAGGAGCUGCGCAAGGAGCUCCAGCAGUGGAUGAUCAAGUUCAGGCGCUUCGCGGCGAUCCGGCAGGGGGAGGUCAUCGCCAAUCUCGGUGAUUCUGCCGAGGCGGGCUUGUCUGGCAACAAGGAUGCACGCCAACAGCUGCAAGCCAUCGUCGACCGGCGGUGUGGGCGAGGGAUGAUUCUAGUCAAUGACCAGAAGAUGUGGAAUGCCAUUGCAGAGUCGAAGAACGAGAAGAUGCACUGCCCACUGACCCCCCUGGUAAGCAGCCCGCGUCUCCUGGAGCCGAGGAAGGAUGGCAGCAAGGCGAGCACUCCGAGUCCUCGCCACGGCUCCGGCCAGGCACACAAGCUACAGGACAAAAGAAUUCUGGAAGAAGGCAGAGCUUCAAACACUGGAAAGCACGGAAAGGACGGGAAAGCUGGUUAUUCAAGGUGGCCAGCCGAGACGGGUAAGGGGCAAGCCAAGCCGUCACAGCCAUCGCCCGAAGCCGAGGGUGCUCGGUUCGUGGUGUCGGCACUCCAGGGCCAUUGGGAAAGUCAGCGAGACUCCUCGGAAACCUACGUUGUGCAUGGCCUGGACGUAGUUCGGCACCAGCGACAGCGCAGCGGCGUUCAGCGUAGACCUUUCAGCUUGAGAUGGAACGUGACGAAGCAGUGUCUGGAAUGGGGAAGCGGCAAGUAUUUUCUUCAGCCGCCGACUAGCUUGCCCAUGGACGAGGCUGUUUGGCUGGCCAGCGCAGGAGGACCUGGAUUUGCUUGGCGCCGCGUACCUGGAAAAGGUGGCCCCGGCACAUCACAGACCCGGGCUGUGGUGAAGGGGGCUGGCAAAUCCUGGGAGGCGGCAGAGGCGAAUCCAGACGAGGAGAAUGACGUGGUGCUGCGAUACUAG